AUGAUGAUAGGCAGCUCUUCUGCGCAGCGCGAGUGUGAAGAGAGCAUUUCGCCUCAGAUGAGUCCCACAAGCGUGGCAAAUCCUUCGCCUGUCCCACGAAAGCGUCAACGCUCCUCCACGCCGUCCGAUGCGUUCUCAGCACCUUCUGCAAGCCUUCCCGUAGCACCCUCGGCCGAGGAUGCGGAGUGGAUUGCCGCCAGAGAGAAGUUUGCUGCCGCGCAAUGGCGGCGAGGGUGCCUGCGAUUGCCAUUUAAUGACAAGCCUUUUGUCAAGGACACGCCAAAAUCGCGACUAGGGAACCAUCCGCGUUCCAAUAAUCGGGAUGUUGUGAAGGCUGCGUGGAAUUGCCCAACGUCGACCACGGCCACUGAGACACCCUGCAUAUCCCCUAAUCCGUGGAAGUUGCUCCGUGCAGUAGAGGCGCACACCGACACGGAAAGAGCACCCGUAAUUCAACGGCUAGAUCCCAACGGGCAACGUGUUAAUGGCAGUUCGUCGGCGAGUGACCAUGAACCACCGGUACCGCUUUCUCCGCAAAAAUGGAACGCCUACUGGGAGACCUACUCGCAGUGCUGCGCAGACGAGUUGGAGGAUUUAGCCUUGCUUUUGAACGCACCCUCCACUGAUUACCGGCGCGUGCUGCUCACUUUAAUUUCGACGGCGGUGGUGACGCCGUUGCACUCUGACAGCGUCGAUGGCGUUCUACAGCAACCUUCCACGUUCGUCGGCGACGACAGCAAUGGUGGGAGAGGUCAAAAUGGACAUCAAGACAGCAGCAACACACGCAGCUCGAAAUCCAACAGCAGUAGUUCACGUAAGUUGCAAGACGUCCCACCACUCGCACCUUCCACACGGUCGGCAUCACUACCCGCUUUGAACAGCGCGGAUGAAAGAGUUGAAGACGCUCGCCGAAGCGGCUCUCGCGCUGCAUCGGUUUCUUCGUACUCGUACUCGUACUCAUCCUAUUCCUCGUAUUCGUCAUCGUCAUCGUCACUAGACGAUGACAACGCGGCCCAACCCAAUGAUACCGACACGAUGAAAUUUCCAGCCUUGUCGACGGUGUUGGACGACUUGAUCUUCGCCCACGUGCACCACUUCGGUGCAGUGGAGUGCAUCGAAACACGUCACAGCAACGUCGUCACCGGUAGGGCAGCUCACACGUUUGUCAGCGUUCAGUUCACCACCGCAGAAGCUGCCGGGUUGUUCUAUCGUUGGGCAGAUGGGCUCUCUGUGGAGAACCUUGUGCGGUCCUACUGGCGCUAUAGACGCACAUUGCGCAGCACAGAACAGCAAGCCACAUCAACCGGCGAGCGCAACUCCGUAAACGAAAGCGCCGCCACGAGGACAGAGCAACGAAGCCAUCUGCUAAGGAUGUCUCCAGAGAACACAACGGAGAACGACACAAUAAUGCAGCAACGCGCCGUGCACGAAGAUCUGUGGUGGGAGGCGUUUGUCACUCGAGUGUCCGACGCACGGUUUCAGCUCGUCGCGAAGCUUGCUCCGCACGACCCGCGUGUUCGCACCACCAGACUCCUCAUCGGCCCGAACGUGAUGAUCGCAACCCCUCUCGUAACAAGCCUCUUCACGGGUUUGUUUCACGCGACGCACGUCGAGUUCGACCGCACCUUACGCGGUUUCCUCAUCAACUUUGCCGACAUCGAUGAAUGUCGACUUGCCCUACACGCGCUGCAGUGCUCGUUGAGAGCAGUGUUUGGUAUUACACUCAGCUACCGGUGA